GUUGCUCUAUAAUACCGCCCAAAAUUUCAGUUUGAAAAUUUGCCCACUUUUCUGGCUGCUCCUAAAACCUCUUCUUCUUCAUUCUAUCAGUUGCAGUGCAAAACCCGAUCUUCCACCCUUACUGCUAAUCGAGAACAUUUUUUUCAAGGUUCAUGUAAAACUCCUCUAUUAUUCUCUCAGGUGAAAAGCUUAGAAUGCCGGAAUCCAGAGACAGAUUGUCGAGGGCAAUUGACAUCGCUGCCUUAUUUGCGCGUAGAAGGUCAGUGAUUCUUGGGAUUUAUGAAGACCAGCCAGACCUCGAAAGAGCCUUGUCUGGCUCUCCGGCUCGUCCACCAAUGGUAGCUACCCGUACUGGAGGAGCUGGUAUGAGUCCUAUUGGCCAUGGAAGGGUUGGUCUGGGCACUCCAAGAGGCCAGACUGGGCGUGGCCGGAAUAUUUACAGGACGCCGGCGGUAGGCAGAGAGAACACGCCAAUUGGGAGUGUGAGGCAGGGAAAUAGCAGGGGAAGGGUUCGUCCCUCGAACAGUGUCUUGCCUUCUUGGUACCCGAGAACCCCUCUUCGAGAUAUCACUGCAAUAGUCAGGGCAAUUGAAAGGAGAAGGGAACGUUUGGGAGUAGACAGGGCCCAAGAAAUUGAGAGCCCAAUGCCGCACGCUUAUGGAGUUCUUGACUCUACUGAAGCAUCACCAGUUGCUCAUCUCGAGCACAGUAAAACUAUCAUGUCUCCAAUUCCAAGUCUUGAAGUGAAGCGCUGUCCUCCUACUGUGGGAAAAGUUCCAAAAAUUCUGCUUGAUAUUACUAAUCAAGCCUCUGAAGAUUCAGAAUUUCUUACACCUCAAAAGAAGCUCCUGAACUCAAUUGACACAGUUGAGAAAGAAGUGAUGGAGGAAUUGCGGAAACUGAAGAGAACAGCUAGUGCUAAGAAGGCAGAGCGAGAGAAAAAAGUCCGUACGCUUAUGUCCAUGCGGUAAUUAAUCAUCUUCUGAUGAUGGUUCAGAUUUUCACACACAAAAAAGUGGCAGGACUAUCAAUGGAAUAGGAAGACAAGGCCCUUGAUGACACAUCUGUGCAGUGAGAUUGAUCAUCUACUGGUGAUAUCUUGUGCACAAUGAGAUUAAUCAUCUUCUGAUGAUACAUCAAUUUUGGAGUGUUGAACUUCAAUAUUAUUAGCAGAAGCUCUUAAUUUUUUGAUUGUUUUAACUGGGUAGCAUUUCACUUCUUGCUGAAGGCCUUGGUACAUAAUGAGUAAGAAGUUUGCUGGUAAUGAUAAUUGCUGAAGGUCUAGUUUAGGACUGGUGGCAAUUCUUUUCAUGUUUCCUUCAUUCUUUUGAAGGUUUUGGAUCGCACCUUCUUUCUCUUGAAGGUUUUUAGGAUGACUACGUAUUUUGAUGUACAUAAAGGCUAGAGCCUACAUGCUACUCCUGAGUUUUUUGCUUAUGUAGUCGUACUUUUCAUGUAUGAUAUAGAAAAUUAGUCUAAAAUCCUUGAAUUUUUUGACAUAAUGUGCGUCAUGGUGUUUUACGUUGUCAACUAAUUAGAGUUCGUCUAAUGCAAAUUUGUAUUGAGAACUUGGCAUUCUCUGCCCUGUCUGACAAGAAAAGUGGAUGAUUUGGCCUUGAGAUUGGAGGAUUAUUGCAUUCCAUUGUUGUGGAAUAUGAACCUAUCUUAUCUUAAUUCUUGACACUUGGUGUCCAAGGUAUUGUAUUAUACUCAGGGAGUGUUUUGACAUUGA